AUGUGUAAAACUGAAGUGGCGGCGAAAUGUUCGCCCGUAAUUCUGAGAAGAAAGGUCGUGGAGACUCGAGCCACUUGUGUCCGUACAUCAUCCAACUUAGUGCCUCCUAAUCAGUAUGAUAUGCCAUGGACCAAACGACUACAAUUGCUCUACGUGGUAAGAGUAUACUGGGAAACUAUUCCUCUCUUCACGGUCACUGGUUUUGCGCUUGCCAUUCUAUUUUAUUCGAUCUACAAUGCAUGUGUCAAUAAAGUAGACACGGUAUUCUCGACGCACAAUCGUUUAAACAUUUCUCGCACUAUGGACCUUCGGAACCCAAGCGUUCACAAGAUCUUCAUCAUAAAUCAACGGUACCUACCAUGGCCGGAAAUGCAGGAUGUGUUGGACAAGAUGGUGGCCGCUGAAAAGAGGGCUUUAGUGCGCGCACAAACGUGCGCAGCUCCAUAA